AUGGUAAGAUUAUCUGGAUUGCAAAGAGAUGUUUUACACUCCUAUCGCCAAUGGGUACGAAUGGUAUACACGAAGCCUAUAGAAAAUCGACUACAUUUUUUAAAAUAUAUUCAUAGUGAGUUUGAUAAAUAUAGAGAUUUGAAGAGAAAAGAUUUUACUACAAUAGAAUAUCUUUUAAGAAUGGGUAAAAGAAAACUUCAAAUGUUAUCGCAACCAAAUGUUAAAGACAUUCACUAA